AUGCCUUCCGGCUACAUCUUCACCGAAUCCGCCCCCUCACAGUCCUCCUACUACCGCUCCGGCCGUGGCGGCGCCGGCAACACAUUCCGCACCACAUCCUCAACCUCAUCCUCAUCCUCAUCUGCGCCCUCAACCACCUUCACCCCCCGCCAGCUCCCCAACCAGCGCUUCUUCUCGGGCAUCGGCGGCGCCGGCAACGUCCACCAGGCCGCCGAGCUGCAGCCCGCCAUUCUGCGCUCGCUGGAAACUCCCGCCGACCGCAACCCGUCUGUGGGCUACGUCGGCCGUGGAGGUGCGGGCAACGUCUACCGCCGCAAGACAAGCGACGCCGGCAGCAUGUCGAGCGCUGACAGCAACUCCAGCUCAGUGAGCGACAAGGCCAAGCUGUGGGCAACGCGAGUGGCCAGUUCUUUUGGACGCAAGUAG